AUGGACCGGCCAUCGACUGCAGGAUCGAUUCGCCGGGCCAGAGAACGAGCACAGGCUGCUGCUGGAGCCCGCGAAGACUUUACAACAUUCGCGAGAAGAAUGGCCCAAACAACUCAGCCGCCAGGUUCGCAACAACAGCCACCGCCACCACAACAACAAUCCGGCCAGAACACGCGGAUACCAAUCUCAAGACCAGUGCCGGCACCACAAUGGCCUCUGGCCGGCCCGCUCGCUGCACCAUCAAACUUGAACGGAAACGGCAACGGUAACCGAAACGGAGCUGCCAACGAGACGGAGCCGUAUCGUCCGCCGCCAGGACGCUCGCAAGUGCCACAGCGGCCACCGCGGCCAAGCCGUGUGCCUUCCAUUCUGGACAGUUCAAAAAUUCAGGACCCGACGCCGACAGUUUUUGCCUACAAUGCCGGAAUCCAAUCUGAAGCCGAUGCGAGUGCCGAUGCGAGUGCGAACUUGCAGGUCCCAGACAGCAGAUCGAAGGCAAACCGCGAGUCUGACUUGUCCAUGACACAGCAGUCUAGCGCCUCGUCCAUGUCAAGGAAUUCGACUGUUUCUUCUGUUGGAUCCAUCCCAGAUUUUCCCGUCCCCGUUGCUGUCCCAGCCGCCAUCCCUGUUCCACCUCCUGUGGUCGCCAUGCCGCCACCCCGUAGAAGCGUGAACCUGGGCCCUCCACCAUCCGCUCGUCGUGGCGCGUCGUCCUUCUACUCCAACGCCUCAUAUGUCUCUCCCAUCCCGGAGGAGAGCCCGCGAUCUCGUUCGCACGCGUCAUUCGCGUCGAGUGCCGCCAUGCCCGACAACUGGGGGUCGUCAUCGUCCUUGGCAGUGAGCCCGAACUACGCCGAUGCAACCUCGUUUUACGAAGACAUUCCCGAAGAAAGCCGCGAAUCAUCCAAUGCGAGCGGUUAUGGUGACGAAGACGGAAGCAGAAGCAGUGCGGGCAGUGCAGAGGGCGAUCGCGAUCUCGACGAGAAGCAGCUCGAUCUUGAUGAGAAGCAUCUCGUCCGCAGUGCUAGCAUCGGCAAGCGUGGCAAGGCUGCUCUCGUGACGACCAGACAGAGAGACAGCAACCCAGGGGCCAAUACUUUCCGCGACGGAACUGGUUUUGUUGAUGCUUCUUCCUCAUCGUCGGCCAUCACCGCACAAACGAACAGGGCUACCGCUGGCUCAACGCUGACGGCGGACAGCAUCCUCGACGCCUAUGAUGCAGCAACGUCGACAGAUCCCUCAAACCCAAGUCGUCGGUUGUCUGUCUCCCCGCAGCCAGGUUUCGACUUUGGUGGCCCUGCCCGGCCUUAUAACCGCUUGUCUGCCAUUCGCCGGCCACCACGCCUUGACAUUGAUGCCGUUCGUAAGGCAGAGGCUCGGGGCAGCUUAACCAGUCUUCCUGAUCUUAUCCGCCGUGCGACGCGACUUGCAGCUAGUCUUGACAAGGGCCGUCGCCCAGCGAGCCGUCUCGAUGACCUCAACAUGUCCCCUGGUAUGGAAGGCCGUGGUCGCACAGAGAUGGAUGGUGAAAAGCACCAGUCUGGCCUAUCAGACAUGCUCGCGGCAUUUCCCCCCCCUGCACAGGCCAACCGUCGCAGUUUCCUACAGAGCUUGCGUGAGCAGGUCGGAUCGUGGCCGUUGCCUCUUAAUAUUAAUAAUGUUCGGAAUAGCCGCCUCAGCGGCCGUCCUAUGGAUGCCGAAAGCAUUUCAGACCUGACCGACCUCAAGAACCAGCGCAACGGCAAGGGCCGCCGGUGCUGCGGCUUGCCCUUGUGGGGUUUUCUGCUGGUCGUCGUUGCUGUCCUCAUCAUCAUCGCAGCUGCUGUUGUGAUUCCCCUGGAGUUCUUUGUCAUCCGCAAACAGAACUCAGCAUCGGGCAGCACAUCCGCACUGGCAAAAUGCCAAACCCAAAUUAGUUGUGCCAACGGUGGUACGAAUGUUGUAUCGACCCAGGGCGUUUGUUCGUGCAUCUGUACCAACGACUUUACUGGUUUCGACUGCAGUGUUGCUGGAGACAAUGGCUGUACAACAACGACCAUAACGUCGACAGGUACGACCAGCAGCCUCUCCAACGCCACACUUGGUAAUGCGCUGCCGCGACUCAUUGAGCAGGCCCAGCAAAACUUUUCCGUUCCGCUUUCUGGAACGGAGAUUCUGGCUGUUUUCAACUCUGGCAACUUGAGCUGCGGGGCCGAGAAUGCACUGGUGACGUUUAACGGCGAGACUAUACGGAAGUCGUCGAGUGGCUCGACCGUUGUGGACGCAUUCCUGACUGGAGACGGAGACAACACCUUUGACGACGUGUCUGUUGUCAAUGGCGUGGCCAUUGUUACAGUUACAGUUGAGGCCACGGGUGUGAAUGCAAAGAGAGACGGCACGAUCGUGACAGCACCCGGGGGACCUCCUGGGAACCCGGACCAGGUGUUCCCCACGCAGUCGGGCGGAACUCUGACAAUCAGCACGAAAAUCACGCCCUCGAUUGUGUCGCCUACCUCCACGACGACUGUGACCACGACAUUCACGCCGUCGCCGACGAACAGUGGCGGAGGAGGAGGCGGGGGCGGAGGGGGUGGCGGAGGAGGAACAGCGACCAGCAGUAGUUCGUCGGCGUCUGCGUCGGCUAUGUUCAAGGUGACUGAGGACGUUCUGGACUUUGCACGUGUCGCUGUGCUCUUUAUUCUCCAAGAAGACACGCUGGCGAAUGCCGAACAGGCCCAGAGCACUCUGCAGAGGUUCUUCACCCAGGCCAGCGCAAGCUCCCUUACCAAUGGCAAGGGUGUGACCGUGGAUAAGGCGACAAACGUGACGCUCGGCAACAGCAACUCGGUCAACCUGGUCCAGCUCCAGGUGAACGCCGCCAACACGCUGCGCGGAGUUGGAAUAUCCUCCUGA